AUGGUCAAUAUUACCGAUUUUUUUAACAAGAGUGCUAAAAGGAAGAUACCUUCAAAGACUGCAACAAAAUCAUCAUCAUCAUCAUCAUCCGGUGCUCCCAAUUCAAUUCCACAGGAAGUCAUCAAUCUUGACGAUUCAGAUGAAGAUGAUAUAAUAAUUAAAAAACCAGCAAGGAAAAAGACAAAAACAACCGCUGAACCUCCUACCAUAGAAAAAAAGAAGGAAGCAGACUCUGAUAUAAUUAACCUUUCAUCAUCUCCAAUCGCCUCUAAAAAAGAGGCAAAAUCUGCCACUGAGAGAAUAACAGAAUCAAAGAGCAAACCAGCAGCACCGAAGAAGACCACUAAACCAUCCUCAAUUAGUAGCGCUACCUCACACGGCUCAAUCACCGCCCAAGACAUAUUAGAUAAACUUCCAUCAGUAGAUUUAUCUCAAGUCCACGCAAAGGAAAAUGUGGGAUUCGAUUUCAGUAAAGCAGGUGGAGCAACCACAGGAGAAGAAGUUGAUGCGGAGGCACCACCAGAUUUCCCAGAAGGACAGCCAAAUUGUCUGUUGGGACUUACUAUCGUGUUUACUGGUGUUUUGCCUAAUUUAGAACGUGAAGUGGCAGAAUCAAUUGCUAAAAGAUAUGGUGCUCGUGUUACUAAGUCUAUUUCUGGAAGGACUUCUGUGGUGGUUUUAGGUGAUGAAGCUGGUCCUAAGAAAUUGGAGAAAAUUAAACAAUUAAAGAUUAAGGCUAUUGAUGAAGAUGGAUUUAGGCAAUUGGUUUCAGGGAUGCCAGCUGAAGGUGGAGAUGGUGAAGCAGCUGAAAAGGCUCGUCAGAAACGUGAACAAGAGGAAGCUAAAGCUGUGCAGGAGGCAGAAGAAUUAUUGAAAACAGAAAAUGCGAAGAAGGAAAGAAUUAAGAUGGCUAAAGGCAGUGGUGAGUUCAUUAAUAAAGAAGAUUCGGUCAGGGAAGAAGAUAAAUUAUGGACUGUUAAAUAUGCUCCAACUUCUUCAGUAGGUAUUUGUGGGAAUAAAACAAGUGUGACGAAAUUAAAGAAUUGGCUAACUAAUUGGGAAACGAAUAAGAAGAAUGACUUCAAAACCGCAGGUAGAGAUGGGACUGGUAUAUUUAGAAGUGCUAUGCUAUAUGGACCACCUGGGAUUGGUAAAACUACUGCAGCCCAUUUGGUCGCCAAAGAACUUGGCUAUGAUGUAUUAGAGCAGAAUGCAUCAGAUGUUAGGUCGAAAUCCUUGUUAAAUGCUGGUGUGAAAAAUGCCCUAGGUAACAUGUCUGUCAUUGGUUAUUUCAAAAACCAACCUGGUAUGAACGUGGAUAUUAAUGGGAACGGUAAGAAAUUUGUCAUUAUUAUGGAUGAAGUUGAUGGUAUGAGUGGUGGUGAUCGAGGUGGUGUUGGACAAUUAGCCCAAUUUUGUCGUAAGACAACUACUCCAAUGAUUUUAAUUUGUAAUGAACGCAAUUUACCGAAGAUGAGGCCAUUUGAUAGAAUUUGUCUAGAUUUACAAUUUAGAAGACCUGAUGCAAAUAGUAUUAAAUCGAGAUUAAUGACCAUUGCCAUUAGAGAAAAAUUCAAAUUAGACCCUAACAUUAUUGAUAAACUAGUCCAAACAACAAGAGGUGAUAUUAGACAAAUUAUCAAUUUACUUUCAACUAUUUCUAAAACUACGAAGAAUAUUGGACAUGAAAACAUUCAAGAGAUAUCGAAAGCAUGGGAAAAGAAUAUUGCCUUGAAGCCAUUCGAUAUAGCGCAUAAACUUUUAGAUGGAUAUAUUUAUACUGAUGUUGGUUCCAAUACAUUUACGUUAAAUGACAAGAUUGCAUUGUAUUUUGAUGAUUUUGAUUUUGCCCCAUUAAUGAUUCAAGAAAAUUAUUUAAAUUGUAAGCCUUCCAAUUUACCAUCUGGUGUAUCACAUCUACAAGCAGUAGCUGAUGCAGCUGAAAGUAUAUCGGCUGCGGAUUUAGUUGAAAAAAAAAUACGUAGUAGUGAACAAUUGUGGGGGUUAUUACCAUUACAUGCCGUUCUAUCUUCUGUACGUCCAUCUUCUAUGAUUGCGGGCCGUAUGACUGGUAGAAUUAAUUUCAGUGCGUGGUUAGGACAAAAUUCCAAGACUAAUAAAUACUAUAGACUAUUACAAGAGUUGCAAUAUCAUACAAGGUUAAGUACAUCUACUGAUAAAUUAGGAUUAAGAUUAGCUUAUCUACCCACUUUCAAACGUAGAUUGUUGGAACCCUUACUGCACAAGGGAGCAGAAGGUGUCUCGGAUGUUAUUGAAUUAAUGGAUGAUUACUAUCUAACAAGAGAAGAUUGGGACACUAUAAUGGAUUUUAUGAUUGGUCCCGAUAUAACAACAUUACAAUUAAAAAAGAUUCCUACUUCAGUGAAAACAGCAUUUACGAGGAAAUACAAUAGUAUGACACAUCCAGUGGCUAUUUAUAAAACUGGUUCUAGUAUUGGGACAGGUGUUGGGAGUGCAGCACGUUCUACACCUGAUUUCGAAGAUGUUGUUGAUGCAGAUGAUGCAGUUCCAGGCGCAGAGGAUGAGGAUGAGGGCAAAGAAGAUACUGACAUCAAGAAAGAUAAACUUAUUAAACAAAAAGUUAGGCCAACGAAGAGGAAAAAGGCAGUUGGUGCAGCAGGUGCAGCUGCUACCAAAAAAAGAAAGACGAAGGCAUAA